AUGAGUAGUGAGGUGACUCAUCUACCAUCAACGAAUCCACGAGGAUCAUUGGAAACAUCCAGUGAAUAUAUCGCACGAGCACAAGAAUUUGCCGAUGCGCGUGUUCAUAAGACGCUACAAAAGUAUCACAGUAAUCGUGCAGCUGCUUCAUACACGUCUGGAGAUUCGACGGGUGUUGAUUGUUCACAGUGGAAACUCGUUAAAGGUGGUGGACGACAUCAUGCAAUCUCUUGUUAUAAAAAAGUAUCACCUAGAGGACAAUUUGGUGGUCUUAGGAGACCACAUCGAAAAAAGCAGCAAGCAAUACGUAUGACUAUGAGUCGCAAGGAAAUGUCAUCCGUCUCUGUCUCUGAUCAAGCUGAAUUACUGGCGAUUGGACAAGUACCCGGUACGCUCGAAGACAUGCUACACGGUACCGUGAACCUCACACCCGAGGCCAUGCAAAUUGAAAGCGCGCACGCCCUGUGUGACUUGCUCGACAGCCGCGUCCUGACUGCACUCGUCGUCCCCUCGAUCAAUGCACCGUUCCGCUCGCUCACACUCAAGUGGGCACUGCGUCACCACGAAGUACUGUCAAGACAUCGAGAUUAUGUCUACAUGGAAGCCACUGGAGUGCUACGAGAUCCACAAGACAAUGGUGCGAGGGUGGGCUACCACCUCGUGCACUCAGUGACGCUAUCGUCCGCCCCGGAAUUAGCACCGGAGAUGCAAAUCGUGCGCGGUCACUUAUCGUACUGCUAUCUCUAUAGACAGCACAGCGAGACCCAAGUUGAGCUCUUUUUUCUCGGGGGGAUGGCACCACGUGGGGGUGCAAAAGACCGUCUGGCUUUUGCUCUGAUGACGGAGGCUGUGCUGGCUUCACCUAGUACCAUCGAGUGUGCGAUGAUGAAAAAGCUGGCAUUCUCACUGCGUACCAAGCAUCUGACAAUUCCUCGACCGCAUUCACUACCGCUCAAUCAUCGAGAGGACAACUUGGGUCCAACUUAUGGACGCAAGAGCACAUUCGGCAGCAGCAUAUUCCACUCCUCACCGGUGACUUUGAACAGCAAUCAUAGCAGCAUGGUAUUUGAUGGAGGUCUCGGUGGUAGUCCAUGUCGCGUGUGCCAUCGCCCAGUGCGGGCAUUUUUCGGUGGAAAAGUGACUUGCUGUGAAAUGUGUGAGGAGCCUGUGUGCAACCGUUGUAAAGUGACCAAGAAGGUGUUUGUGUUUGAGAGUGGCGUACUUCACCCGCAAAAGAUGGACUUCUGCUCUGAGUGCGUGGCGACUACAAGCCUCCUGAACGCUGGAUGGGUGGCCUCGCAGGAGCUCACUCGUGCUGCUAACGUGGUGCACCUAAGCGCAAAAAGUAGCUCGCCAUUGGAGGAUCAUAGCUCCAAACCCUACGUUAGUCUCGGCUCAUCAUCUUGGAACGGCGACAUGUCGAGAAUUAACGAAAUCCGGGCCACCAUGUCCUUGGACGCCGCAAUGGGGCAUUCUGCGCCUCAAUUUGUUGUCUGGUUGCCUACCGAUCACAUGCACCCGCGGCUUUCUUCCAUUGCCCCGAUGGAUGUCGAGAUAGAAGGUAGUCAACCAAGUGACGACGGCCCUGAGAAUAAGGGGUACAAUUGGUGCGAGGAAGACACCUUUUUCGACAGAGACGCCUUUGUGACGCUAGAUGACGACGACGCUAUCCCUAUGAUCGACAUUCCAUCCGAGGGAGAGGAAGAUGACUAUGAGAGUGACUAG